UAGAGCCACUACGGCUCGAUACGACGAUAGAAAAAAAGGAGAUAGAAAGAAGGUAGGAAAGGAAAUCGAAUAAGGAACACGAGAGAUAAAUUGACGCGCGUGAUCUGAGGAUCAACGGUAGUGAUUCGGAGAGACAGGAGUAUCAUGCCAGUGAAGUGCGACGACGAUUGGAGGAAUUAUCACGAGGCAUCACUGUCGCUAUCGAUAUCCGCUCGGGCGAUCACGUCAGUAUCGAUAUACGUGUCGCGCCGUUGCUCCUGAGGAAAAAGGAGAAGAAGACGAAGGUGCAGUCGAUGACGCCGAUGACGCCGUGCUAUCACGAAUCGUGCAAACGCAAAAUAUAACCUCUCCAGCGCCAGUAAGAUGCGCCAGCUUUUGUCGGUCCAGUCGGAGACAUCAUUGUUCCGAGAAACCUGAUCUCGCUUGGCCACGCGCCCCACGCGUCCACAAGCGUCGCACACCUAACGAUUCGUCUCCGCGAUCCUCGUCUCGGUCGCUCAUCAUGAAAGUGAUCGUAAAGAAGCUGCAGGGGAAAGAGUGCGUCGUUGACAUACUACCAUCGGAGACAGUGUUGGAACUCAAGCACAAAGUGAGUGACCUAUUGGGCAUUGAUGUACCGCAACAAAGAUUAUUACUCACUGGCAAGACUUUAGCGGAUGAGAAUCCCCUAAGUUUUUAUCCAGGUAUCAAAGAUGGCAGUAAGUUAAAUCUCUUGGUGAUUAAAAAAGCAGAGGAAGGCUCCAGUGAAGCAAGAUCCUUACCCCAACAGAAAACGGGUGUUCAUCUGCUGAGAGAAGAGGUAACUCGAGUGCUCAGGCAUUACUACACGGUUUCCGAGACUGAGUCCAUAGUCAACGAGCUGAUAAAGGACUUGAAAAACAAAGUGAAUAAUCUUAGUUACGAUGAUCUAGAGAGACUAGCCACUGCGUUACUCCAGGACCAAGAGAACGUAGCUUAAGGAUCACUCAAGAUCAUUCAAUUUUCGCUUAUCGAUUGAUUAUUGUAAUACGAGUUUAUUUAAUUGAAGCAUUGCCUUAUAUUAUAUAUCAAGCCCCCUCCCCCCCUAAUAAUUGGUACUGUGUAAUUUAAAGCACGAUUGUAAUGAGUAAGCAAAACUUAAAACUUAACGUAUUAUUCUCUACAUUUGGAAUCUAAGGUCAGAAUAUAAUCUUGUGUGGAAUUUAUUAAAGAUCGCUAUGUAUACAAAUAAGUGUCACGCCACGUCAUAAAUAAUUAUAUCAUAUGCAGAAAUUGUGUGAUGAGAAAUUGUCAAGGAUCUGCCAAGUCUAAUUGACGAAAGUAUCUCGCUACUAGACAGAUGAAUAAAUUCAGCGCUCCCAGCUCCUGCGCAUCCAAUUCUCUCUAUAAAAAAAGCGAGAUAGCAAAAACAACGUUAGUAAAUUCUGACGUAAACUUUUGUAGAUAUUAAUGAGACGACGAGCUAGUUUAGAAGAAAAGUUCAGUCUCUUAUUUUCUCAACCUUUUGUAAUCCGACGAAUGCGAAUUUUUAUUAUCGCCUGAACCUUUUUCUAAUAUCAGGAACGAAAUAGCAGCAACGUACGUAAAGGAAGUUAUGCAAUAAAAAUGUUUUGUUAAUAGAAA